ACAUAGAGUAAUGGAGGAGGGGAGAGGGAGAUGGCCCAUCUCCUCCUCCUCCGCUCACCUUCCAGCUUGAAGGUUUCUCUCUGAAUCGAUCGGAUCAAUCAAGGAGGAGGUUGAGCAAUUCCUGACAGGGACAGAUCGGAAAAGCUCAUAGCUUUCGUUGUUUGAUCUGUUCCUGCUUUUCGAUUGGAAAAUUGGGAGGGGAGGAAGGUGAUAGCCAUUGAGGUGGUGGCAUUUGCUGUCACCACCUUUAGCUAUCGCCUUCCUCUUCCUCGUCUUCCUCCUCUUGCUCUGCCCACAGCCCAGCUUCUUUCUUCCAUACAGCAGCAACAGGGCGGCACAAAUAGGUAGCAACCCGCCAUGGCGAUGGUGCUGGACUCCUUCGUCAAGCGAUGCACGGCGUCGCUGGAGGACUUCGUGGGGCAGGAGGCGUGCGCCGCCCUCGGCAUCGGGGACGACGUGCGGUGCCUCCUGGCGACGCUCCAGCGCGUCCAGGCCAUCGUCUCCCACGAGGAGCGCAGCAGGGUGCUGAGCGCCAAGAUCGACGGCUGGGUGGCUCAGGUGAAGGACGCCAUGUACGACGCCGACGACGUCCUCGACGUCUCCAUGAUCGAGGGAGGCAAGAUGCUCGCCGAGGACAGCCCGCCGACGCGCAGGCCGCGGUGCUCCCUCAUCUUCUCCUGCUUCAGGCCCGCGUCGGCCCCGAGGUUCCACCACGAGAUUGGGUUCAGAUUCAGGGAGAUCGAUGCUCGGCUGGUUGAAAUCGAGCCUGAGAUGCCCAGCCUCCCCGCAGGAUCGGCGCACCCUGAAUCAACAAGGGAAUGGUUCAGUAAGAGCAUCAUCUGUGGCAAGUGCUCUGACGCCAUUAAGCCACAUGCAGUUGGGACACAAGUUCAGAAAUCUCUGGAUGGCCUUGUGCCUAGGAUGAUUAGAGAGGGCAAGAAGAAGGUGGAUGUCUUUGCCAUUGUCGGUGCUGUGGGGAUUGGCAAGACAACACUUGCGAGGGAGAUAUACAACGACGAGAGGAUGGCCGAAACUUUCCCAAUUCGCGUGUGGGUGAAGAUGUCCAGGGAUUUGACGGAUGUGGAUUUCUUGAGGAAGAUCAUCAUCGGUGCCGGUGGUGGCGCUAAUGCUCGGGAGAUUGGGAGCAAGAAGGAGCUCCUUGGGCACCUCAGUUCUGCUCUUUCGAAGAGGUUCCUCAUUGUAUUGGAUGACUUGGACAACCCAGGUAUAUGGGAUGAUCUGCUCAAAGAUCCACUGGGAGAUGGUGUGGCCAGAGGCAGGAUACUGAUCACAACACGGAAUGAACAAGUGGCAGCAAACAUGAAGGCUAUUGUUCACCGCACUGACAAAAUGGAUGCAGAGAAUGGCUGGGCACUAUUGUGUAGGCAAGUCCUCCCAGGGUGUAGUUCAGAAGAGCUUGCGGUACUGAAGGAUGUCGGGGUGAAGAUCGCAGAGAGAUGUGAUGGCCACCCUCUAGCAAUCAAGUUGAUUGCAGGUGUCCUGAGGUCCAGAGGCAAGAGCAAGGCUGAGUGGGAGAUGGUUCUGAAAAGCGAUGCUUGGUCCAUGCGACCAUUUAUUCAAGAGCUGCCUCAAGCUCUCUACUUGAGUUACGUUGAUCUGCCUUCUCAAUUAAAGGAGUGUUUCCUCCAUUGCUCUUUGUAUCCAGAAGAACUGCCCAUUCAGAGGUUUGGUCUUAUCAGACAUUGGAUUGCUGAAGGCCUUGUAAAUGACACAGAGACCAAGUUGCUAGAAGACUCUGCUGAAGAGUACUAUGCAGAAUUGAUAAGCAGAAACCUGUUACAGCCUGAUACUGAUAACCUUGAGCAGUGCUGGAUAACGCAUGAUCUUCUUCGCUCGCUAGCACGCUUUCUGAUAACAGAUGAGAGUAUCUUAGUGAAUGGCCAACAGAGGUUUAGCACAGGCCCACUGUCCUCAUUGUCAAAGCCACGGCACCUGACAUUGUGGAACAUGGAAAGCGGAUUGGAGGAUCCAAUUUCAGUAAAGCAGCAGAUGAGCCUAAGGUCAUUGAUGCUCUUCAAUAGCCCUAAUGUCAGAUCAAUAGAUAAUCUCAUCGAGUCAGCAUCAUGCCUGCGUGUCUUGGAUCUGAGCAAGACAGCAUUAGAUGCCCUCCCAAAGUCCAUUGGUAAUCUGCUUCAUUUGAGGUACCUCAAUCUUGAUGAAACUCAUGUCAGAGAUAUACCCUCUUCCAUUGGCUUUCUCAUAAACUUGGAGACCUUGAGCCUUCAGAAUUGCCAGCGAUUGCAGAAACUUCCUUGGACUAUCAGGGCAUUGCUACAGCUUAGAUGCCUUUCGCUCACAGGAACUUCCCUUAGUUACGUACCAAAGGGUGUUGGUGAUUUGAAGCAUCUGAAUUAUCUUGCCGGUUUAAUCAUUGGUCAUGACAACAGUGCACCUGAGGGUUGUGAUUUAGAUGACCUACAGACUUUGUCAGAAUUAAGGCACCUUCAUAUAGAGAACCUGGAUAGAGCUACUUCAGGCGCUGCUGCACUUGCAAACAAGCCAUUCCUCAAGGAUCUACAGCUCUGUGAGCAGGCACCAUUGAUAGAGGAGCAGCAAUCUGAACAAGAACAAGACAAUCAAGAAGACAAAAAGGAAACAGAAGAAGAGAAGGAAGUAUUUGAUGUAACCAGUAGCCAAUCUGGUAGGGAGGAAUCAAUAAAAGUAAGUGAAAAGAUAUGGAACGAACUCACCCCACCCCAGAGCAUUGAGAAACUAGUAAUUAAGAACUACAGAGGUGGAAACUUUCCAAACUGGAUGACAAGUCCCAAGUUGAGCAUAUCAUUCCCUAGUCUUGUGUACCUGAAUAUUGACAACUGCAUGUCAUGCACGGCACUUCCUGCUCUUGGCCUCCUAAACCAACUCCAAUCCCUCCAAAUUUCCAAUGCUGACUCACUCAUCACCAUUGGUUCUGAAUUCCUCAGCACUGCUACAUCGACAUCGCCCACUACUUCCUUCCCCAAGCUUGAGGUGUUAAAGCUGAAAAAUAUGAAGAAGUUGGAAGUGUGGUCAUUAGCUGUGGAAGAGAAUCAGAUAUUGUUACCUUCUCUUAAAUCACUGCACAUAGAGUUUUGCCCCAAACUUAAAGCUCUACCAGAAGGACUGAAGAAUGUUGUGAUGCGUGAGCUUUAUGUCGAGGGUGCUUAUAGCCUAACUGAAAUAAAGAACCUGCCGAGAUUAUGUGAUAAUCUUGAACUCAAAGACAACAGAGCACUUCAGAAGAUCUCUAGCUUGCCUUUACUUCAGUCUCUCACUAUUGACAACUGCCCGAAGCUGAAGCAUGUUUCAGGUGUUGACACAUUGCAGCAUCUCAGACUGGUGUUCCCUCCAUCCACGGAGACAUUCUACUUUGAUGAGCUGAUCAUCUUUUGGAGUAUUGCGUUCCCACGGUGGCUAGAGCAGCUGAUGCAUAAGCACAACGGACUGCGCCGUUUCGAGCUUCAGUGCAGCCUCCCAUUACUCAGGAGCUGCCUGGAUGGUGGCAAGAAUUGGAACAUCGUUCAGCAGAUCCCCGAGGUCCGCAUUACCAGCACCGAUGGCAAGAGGUACAUCCGGUACAACAAACGCCGCUGCAUCUACGAAACGAAUGCUCAAUCUGAAGACUGAAGCCUUCGUGAGAGUCCCAAUGCAGUAUGUUUUUUUUUUCACCUUCACUGUGCUGUUCAUCCUGUCAUGGUUCUCUUGUUCAGUUAUGUGGUGAUUUUACUCGCAGAAGUGUAUAUUUGGUUCUCUUGGCCAUUGAUUGGUUUGGUUUGUUACAAGG